AUGUUUGUACCCGUGGCCGCCUAUUCCAUCACUAAGACUCGCAACAAUCACCACAAGCCGUCCCGAUCUUCGGCUGCCAACAGCUACCGUAAACGACAGGGAGGGCCCAUCCGACGUAACCCAGAUCUCGGCCAUAAGCAAACCGAAAGCGCUGUCUAUGGCUAUAUGCAAAGGCCGGAGAUCAUAGAGUUUCGCGGGCAGUACUUCUACGGCCCGCGUCCGGGAGACCCAUACGACGGACCGCUAACACCCGCCGGCUCUAGCGCUGAGGGCGUCAAAUACCCGCCCUAUCCGUUAGAUCCGGUGGACCCGCACUCUACCAGCGCCUCCAACCCAUACCAAUCCUAUGGCAAUCAAUACGGUUACGGCGGCGUCGGCUCUGGCUAUGGUUCUGGGGGUUAUGGCUCCGGAGGUUAUGGCUCGGGUUACGGUCCCGGCUAUGGCGCCGGUUAUGGCGGCUAUAAUGCGGGCAAAUAUUUUAAAGGAGGUCUCGGACCGGGAGGUCUACUGUUGGCAACGUUGCCUCUAAUACUGGCACCGAUGCUCUCCUACUUAUUUACACCAAUGGUUAUACCGAUUACGGCAACGGUGGCCGCCGGACGGCGCCGACGACGAGACGCCCCAAUGGACGCCACACUGGAAGCGAUGAUGAGUGACACUAAUAUGAAUUCAUUGGACCAAAAACUACUAAAAGACGCUUCAUUUGGCACACAAUCCUCCACUUCUUCUUCUCCAUUGACUUCACAGCCAAACGACUCAAACCGUCCGAACAGCCAAUGGCUUCACUCAUCCGAUCGUUUCAAUGAUACCAAGUUUAAAGAGGCGCAGAAAAAAGUAUUGCAUUAA